UUUCAUACGAAAUGCACCAGUUCCCAACCUCACUAGUUAAAAGGAAAUGUGAACCUAAUUCAACUAAUCGGAUUCUUUAAAGGCUAUCCAUGAAGUUUGAGGAAAUCAUAAAGCUAUUCCAGAAAACUCAAUUGACUGCAGGGUUAAUUUAAAGCAUAAUUCUAAUUUAAGAUACAAAAGCUUUUAUGUUCCCAAUUUAAACAGUCCACUUUGUAUUUGAACAUCCAAAUGGUCCGGCUUGUUUCCCUCCCUCUUUCAAAUACUCAAACUUCACUACCCAUAACAAACCCACCGAAGAAACCAACUCCAAACACAAACCACUCUCUCCUACACCUUUGUAAACACCUCCAAGAAGCCAAACAAGUCCAUGCUCUCAUGAUCAAGACCUCCCAAAUCUCCCACACUUACUCGGCGAGCCGGCUUGCCGAGUUCUACGCCACUUCGGACAAUGGAAGCCUUGAAUGUGCUGAAAUGGUGGUUAGCUCCAUGGAAGAGCCUUACACUUUUGCUUGGAAUUCUCUCAUUAGAGGAAGCCUCAAAAAGCAUAGAACCCAAGAAGCCAUUUCAAUUUAUAAUCAAAUGAUAUGCAAAUCAGUCCAACCCGAUCACUUUACCUUCACUUUAGUCCUCAAAGCAUGUACCCAAUUGUCGAAGCCGGAAAUUGGGAAACGGCUUCAAUCACAAAUCAUCAAAAUGGGGCUUGAAAAUAGUAUCUUUGUUCGAAAUAAGCUGAUUCAUGUAUAUGCGUUAUCGGGGUCGAUGGUUGAUGCACGGAAGGUGUUCGACAGAAGUGCUGAACUAGACAUUGUGACAUGGAAUAGCAUGCUUGAAGGGUAUGCCAAUAAUAAAGAUGGUGAAUCACUUCAUCAAAUGUUUGAUACAAUGCCUUUUAAAGAUGUGGUGUCUUGGAAUACUAUGAUUGCUUAUUUUGUGGAAGUGGGUGAGUUUAGCGAUGCAAUGGAGAUGUUUGGACUGAUGCAGAAAGAAAGGGAACCAGCUGACAGAGUGACGUUGGUCAGUGUUUUAACUGCAGUGGCCCAUUUGGGUGCACUUGCUCAAGGAAAGUGGGUUCAUGCUUAUAUUAGGAAGCGGGGAAUUGAGCUUGAUGAGAACCUUGGAUCGGCGCUUGUAAGCAUGUAUUCUAAGUGUGGGUGUUUAGAGGGUGCAAUUGAGGCAUUCAGUGAGACGGAGAGGAAGAGUGUUGACACUUGGAAUGCCAUGAUAGGAGGGCUAGCCGCGAAUGGCCAAAGCUUAGAAGCUAUUGAGCUCUUCUCCAAGAUGGAGUGUUCUAAGAUUCGUCCCAAUGCAAUAAGCUUCUCUUGCAUUUUAAAUGCUUGCAGCCACGGAGGCUUGGUUGAAGAUGGUUUGGGGUAUUUCAGCAAGAUGAAAAUUGAUUAUGGAAUUGAACCGGACAUAGCACAUUAUGGGUGCGUGGUUGAUCUCCUGGGUCGUGCUGGUUUGUUUGAUAAGGUAGGUAAGAUCAUUAAACAAAUGCCAAUGAAACCUGAUGCUGUUAUGUGGAAGGCUUUAUUGAGUGCAUGUAGAAUCCACAGGAAUUUCGAAAUGGGUGAAAAAGCCGGCCUUCAACUCAUUGAACUUGCCCCAGAUGAUCAUGCAUGCUAUGUUUUGUUAUCAAACACGUAUGCAAUGGCUAAUAAAUGGGAUCGAAUUCAUAAACUGAGAAAAAACAUGUGGGAGAGAGGUGUAAGGAAACCACCUGGUUGCAGUUCAAUUGAAUUGGAUGGUGUUGUUCAUGAAUUUAUUGUCGGAGAUAUAAUCCAUCCGAGGAAGAAAGAGAUCUAUGAAAUGCUUGAUGAGAUGGGAGACAAAUUAAAGUUAGCAGGGUAUGAGCCAGACACCAAGCAAGUUUUGUUAGAUAUUGAUGAGGAAGAAAUGAAGCAAACUUCAUUGGGUCACCACAGUGAAAAAUUGGCAGUGGCCUUUGGCUUCAUCAGCACAAGACCUGGAACAACAAUCCGAGUGAUGAAAAAUCUUCGGGUGUGCGGUGAUUGUCAUUCUGCCUUGAAGCUCCUGUCUUUGAUUUACAACCGUGAUAUAGUUGUUCGGGAUUCAAAUCGGUUUCACCAUUUCAAAGAGGGGUCAUGUUCUUGCAUGGAUUAUUGGUAAAAUCUCUCCUUUUAAAAUUGUAUGAUUUUUUUACACCCAAUUAGCACCUGUACAUGUUUGUGCAAUAAAAAAUGGAAAGCAAAAAUGAAAAAAUGUGAUGUUCAAACUCCAAUAUGCUUCUUGCUUAGUUGCUAUCAUUUGCACAAGAGUGACAUGAUGUUAUUAAACCAAUUAUAAUUAAUUUGCUUGA